AUGACAGAGUGGACUCUGCUCAAGCGCCUCCUUGAUGCCGUGCACCAGCACUCCACCAUGAUCGGGCGCCUGUGGCUCACAGUCAUGGUCAUCUUCCGGCUGCUGAUCGUCGCCGUGGCCACCGAGGACGUGUACACUGACGAGCAGGAGAUGUUCGUGUGCAACACGCUGCAGCCGGGGUGCUCCAACGUCUGCUACGACGCCUUUGCACCCAUCUCCCAGCCUCGCUUCUGGGUCUUCCACAUCAUCAGCGUGUCCACGCCCUCACUCUGCUUCAUCAUUUACACGUGGCACAACCUGUCCAAGCACAACGCCACCCAGAGGCUGGGGCAUGGGGCGGGCGACACCACAGGGCAGGGAGGCCCAGACGCAGAGCGAGGAAGCGGGCGAGAGGCCUACGAUCGGAGCUGUGACUCAGACAGCUGCUCCGUCCAGUCCCACAAACACCUUGGUCACAGCCUGGCCAAUGUGCUGGAGGGCAUCACCGCCAAGGACCUCCAGAGGCUGGACCCCAAAAACACAAGCCAGGCCCGAGCAUGCACCUUCAGGGAGGGGAGUGCAGAGGGUCAUGCGGGCUCUGGAGGGGUUUUGUCCAAAUGUUAUAUCUUCCACGUGUGCUUACGAGCCGUCCUGGAGGUGGGCUUCGUUCUGGCCCAGUGGAAGCUGUUUGGCUUCCGGGUGCCCGUCCACUUCCUGUGUACUUUGUCGCCCUGCAGGCAGCCGGUGGACUGCUACGUCUCCAGGCCCACGGAGAAGACCAUCUUCCUGCUCUUCAUGUUUUGUGUCGGGGUUUUCUGCAUCCUGCUCAACCUGCUGGAGCUCAACCACCUGGGUUGGAAGAAGAUCCGCUGGGCAGUGAGGCUGCGGGAGCGAGCGUCCUGGAGAGGAUAUGAAACCUUCCUUCCAGACAGCCACUCGUUCACAUCUUCUUUAGGCUUCAGGGAUGUGACCAGCACCACCUCGCUGCCCACUCUGAACUUGGUGGUGGGCCACCAGCCUGACUGGACCUGUGCUGUGAACUGUGGUAGGAUGAAGGAGAUGGAGCAGGUCAGAGAGAAAAGACCGGGGCACCCAAAGAGAGAGGCUGCCCAUAAAGGAGAGAGGCAGCCUUUAAAGAGUAAGAGGGAGACCAGUGGGUCCAAACAGAGGAGUGCUGAGGUCUGGAUUUAG